UAUUUGUCGAUUUUGUUGUUGUUGUGAAACGGUAACGACAUGCAGUCCACGCGCUCCCCGCUCUCCGUGAUGAACCAGCAGAAGCUCAGCGCUCAGAUGGACGGCCGGUCUCUGGAUAAAGAGAACACGCCUCCCAGCCUGAGCAGCAGCCGCCUCCUGGCGUCCGCAGCCGCCCAGAAGAUCUUCACGCCUGAAGCUCUGAAGAAAAGCAGCUCUGAGGAAGAGGAGCCUCUGCUGAAGGAGAACCCUCGGCGCUUCGUCAUCCUCCCCAUCCAGUACCACGACAUCUGGGAGAUGUACAAGAAGGCGGAGGCUUCCUUCUGGACAGCCGAGGAGGUGGAUCUGUCCAAAGACCUGCAGCACUGGGAGUCUCUGAAACCAGACGAGCGUCACUUCAUCUCGUAUGUUUUGGCGUUCUUCGCCGCCAGCGACGGCAUCGUCAACGAGAACCUGGUGGAGCGCUUCACCCAGGAGGUGCAGGUGACAGAGGCCAGGUGUUUCUAUGGUUUCCAGAUCGCCAUGGAGAACAUCCACUCAGAGAUGUACAGCCUGCUGAUCGACACCUACAUCAAGGAUCCCAGUGAGAGGGAAUACCUGUUCAACGCCAUCGAGACUCUGCCAUGUGUGAAGAAGAAGGCCGACUGGGCCAUCAACUGGAUCGGCAACAAGAACGCCAACUACGGAGAGCGUGUGGUGGCGUUCGCUGCCGUGGAGGGAAUCUUCUUCUCUGGCUCCUUUGCCGCCAUCUUCUGGCUGAAGAAACGCGGCCUGAUGCCCGGCCUGACCUUCAGCAACGAGCUCAUCAGCAGAGACGAGGGUCUGCACUGCGACUUCGCCUGUCUCAUGUUCAAGCAUCUGGUCAACAAACCGUCGGAAGAAACCGUCACCAAGAUCAUAAAGGACGCCGUGGCGAUCGAGCAGGUGGGGCGGCGGCCGCUGUUCUGCUUCCUCCUGCCGCUGGGCUCUCUGGUUCCGCCAUGUUUGACCAGAACUUGUGUUUCUGUGCAGGAGUUCCUGACUGAGGCUCUGCCCGUCAAGCUGAUCGGGAUGAACUGCGACAUGAUGAAGCAGUACAUCGAGUUUGUGGCCGACAGGCUGCUGCUGGAGCUCGGCUUCUCCAAGAUCUACAGGGUGGAGAACCCCUUCGACUUCAUGGAGAACAUCUCUCUGGAGGGAAAGACCAACUUCUUUGAGAAGCGCGUUGGAGAGUACCAGAGGAUGGGCGUCAUGUCGACCCCAACAGACAAAUCCUUCAGACUGGAUGCCGACUUCUGAAAGAAACAGGAAGUUUUCUUUCUGCCC